UUGGUAGUGCGAAGACAAAGAUCGUCUUGUCGAUACGUCUCAUAAUCCUGUGUUCUCGGUGUAAUCUGCAACUAACCGGACCGGACGCGUGUAAGAUGACGACACGAACCAAAGAAGAACAAGAGCUCUUGGAUCUGAAGAUUGCAAGGAUCCAAAAGCAAAAUGACGAAAUUUUGCGGCGGAAGAAGGAGAUCGAGGAGGACAAGAGGCUUGCAGAACAGCAUAAUGCAGUUGUGAAACUACGUCCAUCCACGAACAAUGCUUCGAGGGAAAGAACGCCUGCACUAAAACCAAGCAGACGGGAAUUGCGAGAAGACUUCUCGAACGAAGAUUCUGAACCAGUUACUCCGAGGAAUGUGCAGGCUUCGUCCAGAGGCAGUUUCAGAGGCAGGGGAGGGGAGAGGUUCAGAGGUCAGGGCGACUGGAAGGCUAAUGGUCCUCCACCUGACCCGAAAAGUUUCCUUUACGACGACGAACGUGAUGCUCCUUUCAGAGAAAAGGAAGGAAGGGGGGAUGCUCGGAGGGGGAGAAGGGGCGAGGAUCGAGGUAACACGGACAGUUACAGAGGGGGGAGGGAGUUUCUGAGAGGUGGUCGCAGGGGAGGCAUUGAACAUAGAGGGGACAGAGGGCGGCGUGGAGGUGGAGCGAACAGGGACCAAGAGGCCUGGAAAGCUGAGAGGAUGAGGAUAGACGAGGCGAGGAUCCAAAGACAGAGGUCAGCUGAUGGCAAGUGGCGGCGGGAAUGGGACAGCGACAAGACCACUCAAGGACCUCCAAUAGAAGAACCUCUAUAUCAGCAAAGGCGGCCAAAUCCAAAUUCCCUGUCAAGUCAAGACCACCGAGGACCGAUCCACCCACCUCAAAGUCAGCUGUAUUAUCCACCAGACAACUCAGAUCGUUCAAUGCUCCGUGGAGGAACCCGUGGUGGAAAGGGGAGAGGAAGACUUGGAAUAAAAGAAUUGGAAAUACCUUUGGAAAAAUUUAAAUUGGAAAUACCGCAGAAGCAGGUCACUCCGCCCAUUAACCUGGUAUUGCCUGCUUCUGACGAUGCCAGAUUGAUUGACACUCCCCUUCUUCCCAGAGAAGAGUUCGAACUUACACGAUCCAUAGAAGUCAUCGGAAACUCAGUAAAAGUUUCCAUACCCAACUCAAGUGUGGCCCAAUUGACACCUAAAAGCCAGCGUCAAAUGGGUGAGUCCCGGAGCAGGUUGCGGUCGCAAAUAAGCAAUAGCAGCCAAUCCGACGAGGACGCACCACGUGACAGAGGUCAGAAAGGGGGAAGGAAGCAGCGCAACCAAAGGUAUCCGAAAAAUCAAUCCAAAAACUCCUUCAAUCCCAAGGACCCUACUGGUAUAUCUGUUGUAGAAGAUCUUCCUGCCCAGAACAAACCUCCUCUGCCGCCGUUCAGGUCGGACCAUAGACCUGCUCAGUCAACAGAAGGGGAGGAGUCCUGGGAGGACGUGACCACCAGUGGUGCGGAGAGCGUGGGUGAAGAAUUAUUGUCCUCUCAAUCAAGUCCAAUCAAAAUGACUAUCCCAAACACGAUGGUAGUAAACAGUAAGGCCCCGGCUGAACAAACAGUUGCAAAGCGCGUAAAUGUCGAAGACUUUGAAAAGUAUCUAGAUAAAUAUUUGGACUAUGAACAUGACAGACCUAAGAAUAUUCAAAAAAGGUCACCCCUUGAUUCUGAUCCGGUUAUGAAGACAGAACCUUCAGUACAGACGCUUGAUAAGGAUGGGAUUGAUAUGGAAGGGUUUAUUGAACGUAUGAGAAUUAAAUCGGAUUCAGAAUUAACAGAGGUCAAUAAUCAUGAACAGUCUACGGAAGUCCAAAGUGCCCAACUUCAAUCAGAUCUAGAUGUGACAGGGUUGCACAGCCAAGACUUGACAGGUGAGUUGCAGAUAACUACAGAGGGAACAGAGGAAUGUACUAGUUUAGACAUUUCCUAUACUAUAUCUGAGAUUGAAAAAAGCUUUGUAGAAAUGCAUGAAAGAGAAUGGGGAUAUGACGCAGAGUUUGCCCGAAAAUGUAAAAAAUGAUGUACAGAUAAAUUCUUCAACUGGUACAGAAACUAUAUGUUCCGAUGUUAAAGAUGAAGUUAAGCUGGAAGGUGAAAGUGAAACAUAUAUUGAAGGUAAUGAUAGUAAGAAUGAGAGCAUAGAAAAAAAUGAACCAUCCGAAGACACCAACUUACCUGAGAUUACUUCUGUGCAUUCAAAAAAGGAAGAAGAAAUCUUAGAAACUUCUAACGUAGGAAAUGACAGUAAAGGUGAUACAGGUGUGGAGAUCACUCAGAAGGAGGAAUCUAGUGAUCAGUUAGAAACUUCUAACAUGGAAAAUGACAGUAAAGGUGAUAAAAGUGUGGAGAUCACUCAAAAGGAUGAAUCUGGUAAUCAGUUAAAUCCAACAAAAGAAGCAGUUUUACCUGAAUCGUGUAAUGAAAGCAAUAAACAUGACACGGAGCCUGAAAACACAUGAAUAUCGCAAACAACUUAACUACACUCCUAAUAAUAUUAAACUACUAACAUGGUUGUUUAGUUUGUCUGAAUGUAGAAAAAGUAAUAAGGAAUAAGUUUCAAUAGCAGUGAUCUACGAUACAUAAGAUCAGUGGAAUUUUUGUAAUUGGAUACAAGUUUUAAUCUUCACUAGUAUCAGGAAUAAAAUUUACAUUCAGUUAUGUAGGAGAAAAGUCUAUGCUCUUACAGUAAUGCAAUUACUGUAAUUAUUGAUCACUGUAUUAAUGAUCAAUAGUUAUUAAUUGAAUUUAAAUUAUUUAAAUUGAAUUUAUCGACCUAAAAGAAAUAUAAUUUCAUAUUGAAUCUUAUUUUGGUAUAUAUAUGUGAUAUAUAAAUAAAGUGUUAAACUUAAUAGUUGCUUGUUUUAAUAUGGUCUAAUAUAAUAUUGUUGUUGGCCUCAUUGGAUAAAUUAAUUUUGAUAUAAUUAGUUUUAUUUUUCAUUAGUUUGAGCAGAUAUCGUUAUGAUUGUAAUUAACAAAAACGUAUUCCGUCUUUGUUUAAUUUGAAUAAUCAGUUUUUUUAAUGGAUUUUGUUAUGUGAAUUAUUAUUAUUUGUUAAAGAAGAAAAUUUGAUUUUUAUUUACUUAUAGUGAAAGCCUUUGGAUAAAUUUAUUUUAUUUAUUGUAUUUUUAGGAAAUUUUUAUUAUUUCCAGAAAUUGCUCUGUUGUCCUUGGUAAUAAUUAGCAUAAUUUAUAAAGUCUUCUAAAGAUAAUAUAAUAAUGGUUGUCCUUAGUUUUUGUAGUUAGAAGUGUUUAUGAAGUAUUCUUACAAAAAUUUGCAUGUGUAAUGUAAGUUUUUAAAUUUUUUUCUGAUAAAUUAACAGCAUUGUUAUUCACAUUUUGUUGACCUAAUGCAAACAAACAAUGAAUAUGUCAUCGAAUUAAAAGUCACUGCCGAUCUAAAAACAGUGAUGGACAUCUUUGUUUGUUAGAAGAUUUCAUAAAUUUACAACAAAUGAAAUCUUGUUCUUGUCUAUUAUCAAGUGUGUAUUCAAUACUGAAUGAUAGUUAUAUUUAAAAAAAUAGGAGUUGUAACAGUUUAUUUUUAAAACAUUUAUAAACAAGUAAUCAUUGUAAUUUUAAUAUAAAGCUAAUUGUACAGCUAAAAUAUUGUUUAUCUAGUCAUUUGGUGCAAAACCAAAGAAUUUCAUUAUUGGGUCUUAACAUACUCAGCAUUAUGAUAUUGAUAUUAUGUUAUUUGUCUAAUCUAUUUUGUUUUCUUUUGUAUUUUUCUUGUGAUCAUCGAAAGUUAUGUUUUUCCAGUUCAAUAUAUAUUAUUUAUCGAUUUCAAUUUAAAAUGUAUUUAAUCUUAAGUUACAUUAAAUUUAUUUGUCUGGUUGUCAUAUUGUUUAUUUAAUUUUGGAAAUUUAAAUACAUAAUAAUGAAAGUAUUUAACUAUGUUUUUACAAUUAAGUUUGACCAAUUAAUAAGUUAUAUGACUGAUUUAUUUAUACAUAAAUAUUAGGUGCAGAAGCUAUAUUGCAUGUUGGUUUUAUUUUUAGUUUUGUACUAUGUCACUCUGUACCGUUUUUGUUUUCAAACAUCUUGUGGUAUAAUUGAACUUGUAAAGCUAGUUAAAAUGCAGUGAUUAAAUUUUAUAUAUUUUUAAACUAUUUUUGUAAUAGUUUCAAUCUCUAGUUACUUGUCUGUGAUCCAAAAAAAUGAGUCAAUUUAUCACAUUGUAUUUUUAUUGUUGUAACUGCUACGUUUCUUGAAAGUAGAUGUAAUGUAAAAAGAAAUGUAAUUAUGUGGGAAGUGUUUCUAGGCAUGUAUAUUUGUAAUAUAAUCCUUUGUUAUGAAUAUUGUUUGUUUGGGGUUUGGGUUUAAUAAAAUUGCUCACAUCGA